GCGGGCGGCCCGCGGCCGCGCGCUGGCGCUGGCCCUGCUGGCGGCGGCGGCCCACAGGUCGGCCUUCGUGCCGUGGCGCGCGGGGCCGCGGGAGGCGCCCGCGCCCGCCGCCCCGGCGCGGCGGGGGGCGGUUGCCGCGGGCGCCGCCGCGCUGCUGGCGGCGCUCGCGGAGGGCGGCGUCGCCCACGCGGAGGUCCCCAUCUCGUUCCGGAGCGACCGCGGGGUGCUGCAGGCCCGGCCCGGCGCCCUCCCCAGGGCUCGGCUCGCUCUUCUCGGGGGUGCCAAGGGUGCCCCCGGCCCAAGGUGCCCCUAG